CUUAUACAUCUGCCUCUCGUUAGCCAAGCAAUUUGGUAUCAUCAAAGACUGAACUUUGCAGAGCGUCGCUCACUCUGCUGGACAUAUCCCUCGUUUGCACCACAUUAUUGGGCGUUUGAAUACGGCCGCCGAUAGCAGCGCCACCAUGGGACUUUUGGCGCUUAUUCUUGCGGUGGUUUCGGUCGCAAACGCAUCGCAGCUUAGACCGCGCGACUACUCUGGCUGCAAUCCGCUGGACAAUUUGGGACAUCUCGGAACCAGCGAUGGCAACCGGAAGAUUGCGUUCGUCAUAGACAGCUCGGGGUCAAUGUUCGAAAACGAUUUCGAAGGCAUGCGCUUACAAGCGGCGAUUGCACUGAAUAAUAUGUACCUCGUCAGCAAAGAGAAGGCGAAGCCCGGCCAGACCCCCGAUCUACUCACUGUCAUCGACUUUAACGACGAAGCGAGCGUGAUCUAUGACCUCGGUAAUCCAGGGAGCGCAGCCAACGAAGUCAUCGCGAACAUCAUGCCCGACGGCGGAACAUGGAUUGGUGAAGGCGUGAGAGCCGCAGUGGAAGAGCUGUCCAAGCCCGGAUCCGGGGAGACGAGUGGAAGAUCAGGAAUAAUCAUUCUGACCGACGGUGUAGACGACCCUUCGGAUCGGGCCACCCAGACGAUUGAGGAGAUUAAGGCUGCUGGCGAGAAAGGAAUACGGGUUUCGAUGGGGUAUAUGGCUAUCGGGGGGGCCACCGGGGAUGAGUUCGCGCCGGAGCAGAACGUCGCCAUUCAUGACGCUGUGAUCACGACCGGCGGUACAAUGGGAAGGGUCGAUACUGCGCAAGCUAUUGGAUCAUUCCUGGUUGAAGCGACUAUGAAGGGGCUCACCGAUUCCGACAAGGGAAACCAAGGAGACGUGCUCGACCUCAUCGGAGGAGUGACAACUUCAGCGAAGCUGAAGACCGAUGGACCGAACGUCUUCAGAUAUAGGAUCUUCAAGGACGAAACGAUCACGAUCAACGUUACUGCCCUUGAGAAGUUCGCUCCCCUGAAGCUGGUUCUCCGCGCGAGCCCGAGCAAUACCGACUUAAAGACUGCCGAGACCAAUGACGACGGCGUCGCCAUCCUGGAAUACAAAGGCGCAUCGGAGUCCGACUUGAGUCUUGAGGUUUCCUCGUCAGUGACAGACGCCAAAGGAGUUUUCAUCAUCGGGCUUAAGAGUAACAUCGAUUGCAGCAAGGACCCGGCGCGGCAAAGUUCGCCGGCAAAUAGCAGCAUCCCAGUAAUCGCCCCAACGAACCCAUCGUUCGUUCCUUCCAGGACUGUGGUCCCUUCGGUCACGAAUUGGACAAUGCCGGGGCCGACGGAGACGGUUUCGGUCGUGCCGUUUCCGGGCGCCACAGGGGCUCGCUCGGCACCCGCGGGUUUGGGUUGGCUUGGGUCGAUGGUCGUCGCUCUCCUUGCUCUUUAGGGGCCGAAUUGAAUUCCCUUCUCUCGAACAAUUGUAAUAGCUGCACCUAUAGUCUGAUGAUAAUUCGGGUUGUUAA